AUGAGGGUGAGGCUGCUCUCUCGAGGCAGAUUGACGCCUGGAGGGAGUCUUACUGAGAGCUGUGCGAAAAAUACCAAACGUAUAAAGACUCUCCAUCACUCUGGCCUGUGCAAUCUUCUCCCCUCUAACUUAAGGGUCAGGCAAAAGGCACUCUCCCGCAUGUCUUCAUCCAAAGACAACGCCAAGGAAGACAGCCUCGAGCGCGAACUAGGCUACGAAGAUACCACGCUGGAAGCAGGUCGACGCAGCAAGGAGAAACGCGACGAGGCGAAGGAGGAAAGGGAGCGUGAGCAGAAGGCCGAGAGACAGGAGCAGAUGAAGCAGGCAAUGCUCCAUGCUGCAAAACGCAGCAAGGAGAAGCGCAAGAGAUAG